AUGACUGAUCGCCGCCGAGAUAUUGCUCGUAGUCCAGUAGGGCCACCUUUCAACACAGCAAUGUUCAAUUUAAAAAAGCUAUUGCUUUGUGCUCUUUUGGUAUUCUUCGUCUUCCCGCAUACCACCUAUGAGUUUUUACAAUUCAAUGGGGCGGCUAAGGGUGGUGUUGGUGUUGGGCACGUCGCCGAUGCCAUCAAACCAAUAGCAACAAAGCGCCCAUUCGAGAAGAAAUUCAAAUUUCAUAAAAUAGAACGCGUAUACAUUGGCGAUGAGGAGGAGAAAAAUGACGACGACGACGACGACAGCGAAAAUGAUGGAGAUGACAAAAACGAUGAUGUUCACAACGGUGACAGAAAACCAGACGAUGACGCUAGCCGACAAAUGGACGCUAUCGAAGAAGCGGCAGAGUCGGAAGAGCUGCCGUUCAAACGUGCACGCGUGGCUCACAAAGAGCGACGCGCUACCACCACCUCCACGCCGAUGAAUGAGAAAAAACGUUCAACUACUAAGAAACAGAACAAAAUAGCAGACGAUGAAAGCAACCAAAGCGAAGAGUCGAAAACGUUCUUUGGCUCAUUAUUUGGAAAUCUCUUUGGUGGUGGAAGUGGUGACCGAGGCGAUGCCGAUCCGCAGCCGAGGUCGACGAGUGAAGAAGAUAGGUCUGCUGAGAAGAAAGUACCAUCAAACGGCAUUAUUGACUGGUUGAAAUGGUUGAGUGAGCGAAAUGAACGCACUGAGCGACAGGAAGCCAUUGAACCGGAUGAUACUGAGUCUUGGCACUCCUACCUCAAUCGUUGGCCAUUCAACAGUUUCUUUCCCAUUAGCAAGACGGCAAAGCCAAUACGCCGUCAAACUAAAGAACCCGCUUCCCCGCAGAACGGCAAUUCAGAUGAGGCGACCACCACAAUGUCUCAGGAAAAUUUCGAAAGCAUAUUACAUACACUACCUAGCUUUGUGGUGAAUCCAGACCAUGUUACCAACACCGAAUGCAGACAACAAUUGCAGAUAUUUCAUCGACAGCUGCGUGGCAAUAAGUUUUGGACGCUACAGAUGUUGGACGCCACGGGAAAAAUUAGUGCAGGUUUGUUGCGUGGCAAUAUCAACCAAUUCGGAGACUUCGAUCAAUGCAUGCAGGUGAAAGCUAGGGUGAAGGUAACACCGGAAAUUCCGGUUCGCAUUCGCGGGAAAUAUUGUCUGGCACACAUUGAAAUGCAAACUUCAACAAAGGAGCUGAGGGCACCUUUACAUUAUGCGCAGGGGCGCGCACUCUGGAGAAGUCAUUUUGGAAAUCCCAGUCAUUUCGCUCCGCGCUACGACAUCGCCAACUGGGGCGUUUGCAUACCAAAUCUCUGCAGCAGUGAGGUAGUACAACAAAUGGUCGAAUCGAAUCUGCGUGCUUACAAUGCGACAGGUAUAGAAUUUCAUGUGGAAGUCGAUGACAAUGAUUGCUACACCCGAUCAAAUGUUAAGCUCAUGAAACUCAUUAAAAAGGAUCGCAAUUUCGCCCUGACAAUAUUCAGUAUUGGUGGACUUGUGGUACUAUGCGUUGGUUCAUUGCUCAAUAAAUACCAGUCGAAAAUAAAAGUCUGGGUACUUAGUAAAUUCAAGAAGACUAAAACAGACUCAAACGGUGAAAGCGAAGGAAACGAAAGUACAGUUGAGACGAUUACUGAUUCAACGGAAAUCGAGAACGCAGCGGAAGAUGGCAUAGCUAGGGAAACAACACUGGAAACUGAUAGUGGAGACGGGAAGCCUGAACCAUCCUAUAGUGUAUUUCAGUCUCUCAUUGCCAUGCUUCGGGACACCGUCAGUACUUUCUCACCACAACGCACAGUUUCUGUAUUGCUUGGCAGCGACUCUUCGGAAACGCAAUUCCCGAUCUUCAAUGUGCUCAAACUGGGCGCCACAUUCGCCCUCUAUGUCAGCCUCAAAUACAUUAUGAUUGGACAUCUUCCCAUCAUCAAUCGGGAUAUUAUGGUUCGGGCGUUGGAAAAACCACAGAGCAUCCUGUUCCGCACACCAAUGGUUUACAUGGAUAUGCUUUUGAUGGUAAGCGGCUUCUUGAUUGCUUAUCAACUGGCUGAAGAAAUGGAGCAAAAAUCGCAUAUUCAGCUGUUAAAGCGCAUGGCAUUAAAGAUAACAAGAUACCUACCUACUUUAUAUGCGGUGUUGUUGUUCCAAACAUAUAUUCUUCCACUGCUUGGCUCCGGACCGCUCUGGACGAAUUUGAUCGGCCAAAAUACGCGUUUGUGCGAGCAACAGUUGUGGCGAAACUUUUUUAGCGUUCAGAAUGCAAUUGAAUUUGAGGAGACUUGUUCGCCUAUGUCCAUACAAUUGGCUCUUGAAGUGCAGCUCUAUAUACUGGGACCGUUGAUCGUGUGGCUCUACUACACCGAUGCAGAUGCUGCAUUCUUCAUCUAUGGUGCUCUGCAUGCGAUGUCUGUGGCAGCGCGUUACUCUCGCACACAACGCGAAUACCUAUCGACGACCUUGUUCCAUGGCAUGAACGUCAGCAAAUUCUACCGCACGGCCAAUUUGCUCGUCUCUUCACCGAUAAGUCGCGCAACCCCCUACCUUUUUGGUAUCGGCACUGGUCUGCUACAUCGCUCUCAAGCCGGUGUGCUGGAGAUCGCCAGCGAACUCAUACCCGUUGGCUGGUUGUGCGCCUCAUUGGGAUUAUUCUGGUGCUUCUGGUCACCCUCGGCGAGCAUGCGCACCGAUUUCGUUUAUACAGCUGGCGAUGCGGCAUCUUAUGCCGCUUGGUGUCCGCUAAUACUCAGCUUAUCUGUAGCUUGGUGUAUUUUUAUGUUUCCAAGGGGUGAAAAGUCCGUGCUGCAUCUUCUUACCACAAUGAGACCUGUGCUCUUCCUUUCACGCAUAACGUUCCCCAUACAGUUGAUGACUUACGUGGUGGUAUUGUACAACACUGCUGGUGUAAGUGAGCCACACAAAUAUCAUCUAGGUGACUUGGUUAAUUUUAAUGAGGUCGCAGUAAUUCUGAUCAGUGGGCUAGCACUGGCUUUUCUAAUCGAUGUGCCUGCCCAACAUAUUCGCAAGGUUGUAAUAAAUCGUAUAUUUGUAGAACGUACGGCGCGCGAAUAUGAACAGGAAACCGAACCCGGCACGGGCGCUGAGGCCUCUGAACCUGAAGCUGAAGCGGAUAACGAAGAGCAAAUUGAUCAAGCUAAAGAUGACGUGGGAGAUGACGACCCUGAAGUUAGCACGGAAGAGUUGGAAAAGAACAACAAAGUUGAAGUGGCUGAUGAAGAGGAGAAUAAGAACGAGGAUGAAGAGGAAGAGGAAGAGGAGGAGGAAGAGGAGGAGGAGGAAAAUACUGCAGAUAAAGAAAGUGAGAUAUCUGAGAAUGAUGAAAUUAAAAAACGACCAGAAAAUGAUAAAGAAGAAAAUGUACCAAGCUAUACACGAAGAAGACGACGAAUAAGCGAUGAUUAGACAGAAUGGAGAAUGUGUUGAUAGAUGCUAUUUCAGUAGAAACAAAAGACAACAAUGGAAAAAUCAUUAGAGAUAAGGCAUACGAUACAAUAAAAAGAAACAAAAUGGUGGUCAGAAUAAAAUGGGGCCCGUUACAAAAAUUACAUCGUUAGGGCGCAAGACCGAAUGCAUGUAGACUAAAAUUUGAUAAAGGCAAUCCACACUUACAUAGAUACUCGUAUGUAUAGA